AUGCGAGAGUCUUUUCCGCGGACGACUCUGAAGAAACACUUUGGACUGACCCUUUUAACUUCUUCUUCUUCGUACACAAACAGACAACCGCAAACGUUAACGAAUAACCCGCCCCCGGGUGCGGGGAUAGGAACGAACGGCGGGGCGCAAGUGGACGACGCCGCGAGAAAACAAGACGCUUUGAGUUAUUUGCGACACUUGAAAGAUCGCCUGAAAGAUAGGAAACAAACGUACGACGAGUUUUUGGAAAUCAUGAAGGAGUUCAAAGCGCAGAGGAUUGAUACGGAAGGGGUGAUCAAACGCGUGAAGAAAAUUUUCAAAGGCCAUCGGGAUUUGAUUUUAGGCUUCAAUCAGUUUUUACCUCGAGGGCACGAAAUUCGCGUGGAAGAUAUCGAGAGAGAAGAACGGGAAGAGGCAAAGCGACAAGCGCAAGGGCAAAAGCCGCAAGUGGAGUUUGUCCACGCGAUUUCGUACGUGAACAAAAUCAAAACUCGUUUCGCGAGCGACGAGAGAGUGUACAAGACGUUUUUGGAGAUUUUGAACAUGUAUAGGAAGAAUUUGAAAUCAAUUUCACAGGUGUACGAGGAAGUCGCGCAAUUGUUCAAGUCACACAACGAUUUGUUGGAGCAAUUUACGUACUUUUUGCCGGAUUCGACGCAACAGGCUGGGCAAGGCGCCACCGGAAGAGGGAAAGGCGGGCGAGGCGCUGGCGCGAAGGCGGCUCGGGCGCAACAAGUUCCGGGGCAAAAUAGAAGGAAGCAGAAAGGUGGCAUGGUAAUUGACCAGGCGCAGCAAGAUGAGAUCACGGAGGAGAAGAGAGCGGCGUUGCAGUUAGCUAAGGAGCUUUCGUAUUUUGAUAAAGUCAAAGCGAGGUUACGUUCGAAAGACCAAUACGCGGAUUUUUGCAAGUUGAUUACUCUAUUCAACGCGGAUUUAAUUUCCAAGAUGGAACUUCAAGGUUUGGUGAUGGACAUUAUUGGGAGAUUUCCUGAAUUGGUGACCGGAUGGAACGAGUUUGUCGCGAGAUGCGAAUCGAUGGACUUUGAAGCCGCCGAGGCGCCGGCGGCGAAGAAAGCAGCCGGGAUGAAACUCACGACGCGGGAAGUCACAAAGAUGAAAGCGUCCGCUGCGAGAGAAAAGUUCUUAUCCAAACCAAUCUCUGAGUUGGAUUUAUCGACGUGCGAACGAUGUGGUCCGUCCUACCGUUUGUUGCCGAAGAACUUUCCGAAAAUGCACGCGAGCACCCGAACGCCUUUGUGCAAAGAAGUAUUGAACGACAAUUGGGUCGCGGUGACCUCUGGGUCCGAAGAUUACUCGUUUAAAGCCAUGAGAAAGAACCAGUACGAAGAAGCGUUGUUUCGAUGUGAAGACGAUCGCAUGGAAAUCGACAUGGUGCUCGAAACGAACAAGUCUGCGAUUGAGGCUUUAGAGAAGGUGCACAAGGAAAUCGCCGAGAUGUACACGGAAGAGGCGAAAGUCGUUCCAGAGCCCGCGGCCGCGCCGGUGAAGAAAGAAGAAGAAGCUUCUGCCGCUGCUGCUAAACAGACCGAUGGCGCCGCGACUACUGGAGGUGAAGCGUCUGCUCCAGUUGAACCCGCGGAAGGUGCAGCUAAGGAAGACAAGAAAGAUAGUAUGGAAGUUGACGCCGCCAAACCGGCGGAAGCCGCUGCCGUGGAAAAGCCGGCUGCCGCACCGGUGAAAAAGUCGAAAGAAGAAGUUCACGGCGAGAGAUUAGCACACUUUCUUCCGGAAGGUACGGUUUCUACAAUCGUUUUACGUGCCGUUGAACGAAUCUACGGCGACCGCGGACGCGAGAUGCGAUUCUUGACGAUGAACGCGCCGUGGGCUACUAUCCCGGUAGUCUUGAGACGUUUGAAACAAAAAUCCGAGGAGUGGCAAAUCUUGAAAACAGAAAUGCUUCCGACUUGGAACGAUGUCUGCGCGAAGAACUACAACAAAUCUCUCGACCAUCGAUCCUUUUACUUCAAGCAAGCCGAUAAGAAGAACUUAUCCGGCAAAGGUAUGACGCAAGAGAUCAAGGAAGUUUCGGACAAGAAGAAAACGGCAGACGACGCCAUUGGUGCGAGAGCCUCGAAAUCGCCCGGUGAAUCCCCAGAUUUGAACUUUGAAUACGCCGAGCGCAAUGUCCACGAUGACGUCUACGCCGUCACGCGCUUUUCCGCUCGCGAAAUGAUGUCGGGGGAACCGGCUAAUAAAGUCAUGACGUUCUAUAGAGACUUUCUGGAACCGUUCUUUAAAAUCAAGCGCGAUAACGAGGAUGAUUUUAAAGAUAUGACGGCUGAAAACUGCGCGAAAGCCGUCAAAACUGCAGAAGCGAACGCUUCUCCGAAUGGAAAAAAGAAAGGUAAGAAAGGCGCGAGCAAAGAUUCGAAGAAGAAAUCAUCGGAAGACGAUGACGCAGACGAAGACAAAGACGAGGAAAUGGAGAAAGAACCGGAUCAAGAAACCGUGGACGAAGGUGACGAGGAAGAGGAAGAAGAUCCAGAAGACGAAGGCGUCGCGAGCGUCAAGAAACGUGCCGCUACGCCGAAAGCUUCGAACAAGGAAACGACCGCCGCGGAGGCUUUGGAGAAGGCUCUCGGCUUAACCGGCAACGACGACGACGACGACGACAAGACGAAGGAUUCCAGCGAAAGCGACGGCGACGAGAACGAUUCUUCCGAUUCCGAAGACGGCCAAGACGCGAGGUACAAAUCGUGCAGGCCGGUAUCCGGGUUCGUUGUCGACGGUAGCUCAAACUCGAAAACUCGAUACGUUGAUUUGCCCGGUAAAGUCUUUUACGGCGACGAAGGUUUCUAUCAUCUCAUGCGCUUGCAUCAGCACUUGUACGAUCGUCUUCAAACGGCCCGUGCUUCGGCGACGGCCAUGGCAAAGAAAACGAAAGGGAAGAAAGCCGAAGACGUCCACAAAGAGUUCUUGACUCUUUUGUUUAACUUAUUGAACGGAUCGACGGACCAGUCGCAGUUUGAGGACGAUUGUCGUUUGCUCUUAGGCGCGAACUCGUACUUACUCUUUACGCUGGAUAAACUCAUCUACAAGUUAAUCAAACAAGUUCAAGCUUUGUUAGCGGAAGACAUCGACGCGAAGCUUUUACACCUCGCGGAGUACGAAGCCACGCGCGACGCGCCGUUCCACGAGGGAGUAUACCACGCCAACGCGUGCGUUUUGCUCGGUGACGAAUGUGCGUAUAGGAUUGGCAGCGAAAACAACGGCAAGACGCUCCAAAUUCAACUCUGCGAACCGUCUUUAGAUAAGAUUGACGUUAAAGCGGGAGCGAUGGAUGGUCAUUUUGCGACGCACUUAGAAGGAUUCUUGCACGUUGCCGCGCACGAGGACAUGACGCUCGUGGAAACUGGCGAGAAAGAGACGGACGAAAAAGAGCGAGCGCCAGUGUUUUUGCGCCGCGCGAAAAAAGGGGCCGGUUUCGUCGUCCACUCUGCCGCAGGCGAAGCGGAUUCGCAGCUCAGUUACCAAAGCGCGAUGACCAACGCGAGCAUUCAAAACGCGUUGGAGUGUAAAAUCUCCUGCUCAACGUCCAAAGUGUCUUACGUUUUGGAUACCGAAGACGUUUUCUUCCGUUCUCGCGUCCCACCUGGCGGCUAUUCGGCGAAAUCCUCCGCGCCGCCGGCUAAGAAAGCGAAGAAAGGCAACAGCAAAGACAAAGCCGUCGCAGUCCCUCAACCCGCGGCAAAACCGCUCUCGCGCAAAGAGAAACGCAAAGCGAAGAGCGCGAAAUCCAAAGCUCAAAUCGAGAAAUUCCGAGCGUGGAUCGAGAAGAAAACUGCCGAAGCGACCGACGACGAGGAAGAGGACAAGAAAGACGUCAAAGACGAAGAGAAGAAAGAGAUGGCGGAAGAGAAGGACGGCGGCGACGAAGCGGAACCCAUGGACGCGGCGUAA